CCUUGGCGAUGGAAAAUUCAGUUUAAUACAAAGUGAUAUAGUCCAAAUUGGGGCUUUUACCAGCUUUCAAGUAACCGCAUUUACAACUUUAAACGAUGGAUAUGCGAUUGUAUACUCCAAUACGACUAUUAGAAAUACAAAUUCUAACAAUUCGAUAGCCGCUCCAUUUUCCGCGGAUGCAGGAAUUUAUGCCAUUAUCUUACAUUGUUCUGUCGACUACGUUUCUAUUGGUCAUUCAUGCAUUGCGGCUGUAGAACGUAAUCAAACUAGUCAAGUUCCGAAUGUUAUAUCAGCUCCACCUACUACUACUACAACCACAGACUCAUUUUAUGUGAGAAUACGAUUUUUUUCCUCCGGAACUGUGAUGUCAUUGGAUCUAAUAUUUCCAAAAUCCAACAAUACUUUGCCGAUAAUUAAAACACUACCUCUUGGAGGAUACGCAUUAAUAACUCGGCAAUAUACCGUACAAAGUUUUAGUUUUUCUUUUGAUCUUUACAAUGAAUAUGAUCAACAAUCCAAUUAUAACUUUCCAUUGAAACCUAUUGUCGGAAAUAUGUAUGGCGCCUUUGAUAUAUUGAACAAUAAUAAGAUGUUAGUGGUACUAAAUGAAACGAUCACUUCUUGGAGUUUUCUUUUAACCGAUAUGCCGCCACUUUCCCAGUACAAUGAUACUGGUUAUGGCAAUUUACACGUGAACACAACGUACCCUCAAAUAGGUGUUAGUAAUCUAACAGUAAAUACCCUCAGGAUUUCCAUUACAUAUCAAGUUCCUAUCGCACUCAAUGAUGGCAAUUUAUUUAUCUAUCAAAACCUUGAUGGAAAUAGCAUUCUUCGACUGAAAAUUAAUGCAAGAACUUGGACCCAAUGCAAUGUUUCAGGCAAUGUCAUCACAAUUGAUGUUCUUAAUUGUACUUUCAAUGAUCCUCUUGGGAGUUAUUAUAUAGAGGUGGAUAAUUAUUUUAUAAAGAGCUCAGAAUAUAAUGAACCUAUAAUGGGAAUUUAUCCGAAUGUAUGGACUUUUGCGACAGAUGAUUCAAAUAAUGGACCACGCGCUGAUGACAUCUAUGGAUCAUUGCGACUAACAGUCAAUGGAACUAAGCGUUUUCAAGGGUUAAGUGACGAUGCAAAACGUAACUUUACCUAUUCUUUAAUAGACGAACUUACAGAUAGAAUUCCUACAGAGAAAGGGAGAUUGGGUACAACUGAAAAUUAUCAAUUUGAUAUAUCCGAUUCAUCGAAAGUUAUUAUCUCUGUUGCUAUUUAUGAGAAAAAAAAUGCUGAUGACAAAAUGACUGCUACAUACAUAUGGGACAAUUUAGACCAGUUAAUACGGUAUAAAAAUUAUACGAAUAUAUUAACAGGAUCUUAUACAUCUUAUCUAGAUGAAACUUAUGGAUAUCACCGAUCUAUAAAUGUAUCAGAUCACUUUAACUUACACAAGACAAGGUUCAUUGUAUUGUUUUUAGUCAUAGCUAUUUUUACGUUAGCAUUCUUUGGAGCUUUGAGCGAAAACUUUAUUAUUCUCCAACUUGGUAUUGCCUUGUUUCGUUUUGGCACCUUCACAGCAUUUAUUGUUCUUGAUUCCAAAUACAUCCCACAUCUUUUUAUACCGAGAUGGUUUUCUAAACAUGGAAGAGUUGCUGUUACGAUUGCAUUGUUAUCUGGCACAAAUAUUGAUGUAUUAUUAAUGUUAAAAUCGUGUUUAGCGGGAUUUAAGAUGUUCAAUGCACCAUUUAACGACAGGUCAUUGAAAAUAAUCUUUUGGGGUGCAUGCGCUGACAUAUUUUUGUCAGAUAUACCACAAUUUAUUAUCCAGAUAUUAUUCAUUACUUCUAGCGUCCUACUUGAUCCCAUUCCUCCAUUCACCUUAGCAUCGUCAGGCAUUUUCGCCUUAUUUAAGUCAUUUACAAAAAAAAAGAAUAUAAAGUUGAAUGGACCAGACACUAAUGACGUAAAUGAAACGGAAAUAGUUAGUUAUAAUGAUGGCCAAUAG